AUUCUAAUGGCUUCUUCUUCUUCUUCCAAGCACAGAAGGAGCUAUGAUGUCUUUCUGAGUUUUAGAGGCACGGACGUCCGCAACUAUUUCCUCGGUCAUCUCUACACAGCUCUUGAUCAAAGUGGAAUAAACUCUUACAUGGACAAUGAAGAUCUAAAGAAGGGAGAGCAAAUAUCACCUGCACUCAUGGAGGCAAUCGAGGAAUCGCAAAUUGCGAUUGUUGUUUUCUCCAAGGACUAUGCCUCAUCACCGUGGUGUUUGGAGGAGGUGGCAAAAAUCAUGGAGUGCAAGGAGCAAAGAGGCCUCAUGGUCUUUCCGGUGUUUUACAAAGUGGAACCUAGAGAAGUGAGAGGGCAGAGACAGGGUUAUGCAGAAGCUAUGGCCAAACAUGAGGUCAAGUUUGGGGAGGAUUCAGAGAAAGUAAAGCGAUGGAAGAAAGCUCUUCUUGAUGUUGGGAGCAUGUCUGGAUGGCAUUUUAUGGACGGAUAUGAAGCGGGGCUUAUACAAGACAUUGUACAGAAAAUCUCAACUCAACUAGAUCGAACGCUAUUAAAAGUAGCCAAGUAUCCGGUUGGGAUAGAUUCCCGAGUACAAGAGCUUCAAACAAUCCUAAAUCUACAGUCCAAGGAUGAUAUUCUUAUGAUAGGAUUAUGGGGACAAGGAGGCAUAGGCAAGACAACCCUUGCUAAAGCCAUCUAUAAUGCUAUUUUUAGGGAGUUUCAAGGUUCUAGUUUCUUGGACCGUGUUAGUGAAAAUUCCAAAAGUUCCACUGAUUUGGUUCAUUUGCAGAAAAAAUUGCUAUCACAAGUACUGCGAAAAGAAUUAAUAGUCUUCAGUGUUGAUGAAGGAAGUCAAUUGAUUCAAGAUAGACUUUCCAAUAAGAAAGUUCUCAUUAUUCUUGAUGAUGUGGAUGAUGAACACCAGUUAAAUGCUUUAGCUGGAGAUUGCGAGUGGUUCGGUAAAGGAAGUAGGAUAAUUAUCACAACAAGAAACAAGCAUCUGCUAACUUCUCAUGGAGUAUAUUCGGAUAAGUUGUACAAAGUUACAGCUCUCGAGUGUGGUGAAGAUCUUGAACUUUUUAGAAAGCAUGCUUUUCUAAGAAGUCAAAAAAUAGAAAUAAGGAGCAAUCUUGUUGAUAGUGUUUUACAUUAUGCUGGAGGCCUUCCUUUGGCACUUCAGGUGUUGGGUUCUUUCUUGUGCGGUAGAGGAGAACAUCAAUGGGAAAGUACCUUGGACAAACUAGCCAAAAGUCCUCACAAAGAAAUCAACGAUGUGUUAAAGGUAAGUUAUGAUGGAUUGGAGGACUAUGUAAAGGAGAUUUUUCUCGACAUUGCUUGUUUCUUCAAGGGGCAGGAGACAAAGUACAUUAGGGAAGUUCUUGAUAGUUGUGAUUUUGCCACGACUAUUGGGGUUGAAAUUCUCAUUGAGCGCUCCCUGAUUAGUGAAGAGCACAGGACCUUACAAAUGCAUGACUUGAUAAAAUGGAUGGGUAUGGAAAUUGUUAAAAGAGAAUGUUGUGAUGAUGCCGGCAAGCGCGUAGAGGUUAUGGCUUUAUGAUGAUGUUCUUGAUGUUCUAUCAGGAGAUGCGGGAACAGAUGCAAUAAAAGCCAUAGUUUUGAAGCUACCAAAGUUUGAAGAGACAUACAUUUGUCCUAAUGCUUUCACAAACAUGAGAAAGUUGAGGUUGCUCAUCCUGCAUAACGUAGGUAAUUCUUUCCAAGGUCCCGUCCAUCUCCCUAGUCAAUUAGGGUGUUUGGAAUUGCAUGAUUGUGACUUGAUUCCAGAAUUUGGCUUUGGUCGAAAGAGAUUAGUUAGACUUGAUAUGCCGAAUAGCAAAAUCAAGGAACUGCCAAAAUUUAAGGUGCGCAUUCCUUUUUUCAUAACUUAUUCUUGUUUGUGUUAAAUCAAAUGAUAUUUGUUAUUUUCCUAGGAAAACAUCUACAAUUACUAUAUUCCUUAUACAUAUCAAAGCAUCAAAUGUAGGCUAGCAAUCUAGUACAUAGAACCAAUGCGGCUAAAAUCUUCCGUUAAUAAAUAGUCUACUUUAUAACUAACAACUUGAUCAUACUUGAAAUACAUAUAUAGCAAAGAUUUCAUUUUUCAUUCUUGUACUUUAACUACUUUCCUAGUCACGUCCAUGUGGCUUUAAUUUUUCUAACUGAGUCAUUUUAUUUACACAAAUUGUUUAAUCAAGUUUCAUUAGCAUCAAAUUUGGUCAAAUUCAACUGACGUUAUCGUCGGGAUGUCGGAGUAUGAUGUGAAUUGAAUAUGAUCCACAUGGUCACCUUUUGUAAAUAGUGAAUGGUGGUAGUUGCCACAACCUGCUUUUUUAUUUUUUUGGGUGUCA